CCGCCCAGCGAGGCGGGGUGCGGGGCACCCCUGCAAGGCGAGGGAGGCUGGGGGGCUCCCCAUUCUGGGCAUCCCACGCACGCGGGACGCCCGUUCCCAGGGGGCCGGAUAAGCCAGGACUUUGUCCCCGUGGGCUCAAUUAGGACCCCGAUCUUCGGUGGAGCCCAAUGAGGACCCCCACGCCCUGGUGGGACCCCAUGAAUCAGAACCCCUGCUCCCCGUGGAGAUCGGUUAGGACCUCAGUCCUCUGUGGAGCCCCGUCAAGACUUUCCUGCCCCAUAGGGUCCGUUCGAUCAGGAACCCCGUCCUCGGUGGGGCUCCGCAAGUCAGGACCCCCGUGUCUUGUUGGGGGCAGCUCAGUGGGGACCCCCGUUCCCCAUGGGGCCCAGGAGGAUCUCAUUUUAGAGCCCAGUUGGUUGGGGCACCCGUUUCUAGGGACCCCACUGCGUCAGGACCCCGCACCCUGUGCAGCUCAGGAGUCAAAGGAUUCCUUUUCUCCAGAAGCCCAAUUUGAGACCCCAUAAAGUGAACAGGCAUUGCUGCCCAGCUAAUCCUACGGCACUAAAGAUCUCACGCAUGCGCGGCACGCUUCGAACACGUGACCCAAUCCCAACCCCAGGAGACCCUGCCCCUUCCAUUCUGGCUCUCCGGGCCUCCCCAGCAAGGUGGGGCGCUCGCGCUCCCCUAAGGGGGCCUGGCCUGCAGAGGGUGGGACCUUGAUCUUCGAUUGGCCCAGUCCUCGCCAGUGUUGCUUUAGGAUUGGUCGGCUUGUGCUCCUCUCCCCUCCCUCCCUGGGGCUUCCGCUUCCGGUUCUGACGAACGCUUUGGCCGUAACGAUGAUCGGAGACAUCCUGCUGUUCGGGACGUUGCUGAUGAAUGCUGGGGCAGUGCUGAACUUUAAGCUGAAAAAGAAGGACACGCAGGGCUUUGGGGAGGAGUCGAGGGAGCCCAGCACAGGUGACAACAUCCGGGAAUUCUUGCUGAGCCUCAGAUACUUUCGAAUCUUCAUCGCCCUGUGGAACAUCUUCAUGAUGUUCUGCAUGAUCGUGCUGUUCGGCUCUUGAAUCCCAGCGAUGAAACCAGGAACUCACUUUCCCAGGAUGCCGAGUCUCCAUUCCUCCAUUCCUGAUGACUUCAAGAAUGUUCUUGACCAGAGAGCCGACAACCUUCCCAGAAAGCCCAAGCUUGUGGUGCGUGGAAAAGUGUUCGCCGAGAUAGGCAUGGCUUCCCCGCCACGUCCCUGUUUUCAAAGAUAGUUUCACUUUAGUCUCUGAAUUGGAAUGCUGUCUACUGAAGGGGUUUCAGGAGGGUUUAUAUAAGGGACUGUGAUGAAAUUGCAUUCCCCAUAGAUAAAAGAAAAAUCAUUUUUAUCCAGAGAUCUGAGCAGAAGGAUUGGCUUGUAAGUUUAACACAGCUGUGUUUUUGGACAUUCAGUGUUACUUACUGAGUCUGACAGCCUUUGGGCCCAGCCAGGGUCCUGUUAACAAAUUCUUUUCACAUCCCAACAGGGUCUGCUUGGCCACUCAGUACAGCUGCGAUUAACCCUAAAGCUUUAAGGAACGGGCCACCUGUAAUAGGGACACCAGCCUUCUGGUAUAGAAACUAAAUUAUUAGCAAGAGCGUUGAGCUAGUUCCUGGUGCAGUGUUUCCACAGAAGACAUAUGGAGCAGUUGUGGGAAUGUUAAGGGAAAUUUUCCUCUGCCUUGACCCCUUUGUUAAAUAAAAUGACUUUGGGAGCCAUUCAUUGUACAGUUGCAAGAAUGAGAGUGAUUUUAUGAUGUGGUGACAUUGGGACCGUGUUCUAAAACCUUGGGUUUCUGAGUCUGCUUUUUGAGUAGGUGAUUUUGAGGUUGAAAAACCAGGGGCCUGCAUCUAGGAAAUAGAGCGUUUUCCAGAAGCUUCUUUGAAAGGGAAUCCUGGUUUCGUUGCCAAAAUGAAACGCCCGGGGUUGGCGCUGAAUCCCACAGCUGUGUGAUUUGCUCGUUGAGUUUUUGUUGUCUGCUUUUGUUUGUUGGUUUGUUUAUACCAGUAAGAAUGAGCCCGAAUGUAGGUGGUUUUUGAAAUCCUGACUUGGAGGUAAACCUGGAGGAAGGAAAAAAAGUAAAUAUGCAGGGUUUUAGGACUGAGUAGCCUUGAAAAUAAACCUCAUUUCUAAAAAGGA